CGACAACCGCUUGAUAAUGCUAACUAUUUUCUAAGUUUAGUGGUAACCCUAAACUUGUGGUCGUAGGUGGUGGUGCCAGCGCAGGAGCCGCUUCCAUUACCCUUCUUCUCUCAGCAUAUGGCUGAAGGGAUGAUGGCCUCUUCCACACCACUGCUGCGGAAUCGCAGAGUUUUGCUACCAUGCUCACUCUGAACCAGAGCCAGUUUACCUACAGCAAUCUAGUUAUCUGCAGUGGCUGUGCAGGGGAUGCCAAUACAUUUGCAUGUUUGCGCGGUCUGGACACGGAGUCCCUUCUGCGUGAAAAUAUUAGCACCCCUUCCCUGACGCGCAAGAGGCACCGCUUUACUUAUACGGACCAGUCAUUGAUGAUGAUCUCGUUCCUGAUUAUACGUACCGUCUGUUCUGCUAGGGCCGGUUUAUCAAGGCCCCUGUUAUUUUUGGCGACGACACGAACGAAGGCACUACAUUUUAUCCCAAAGUUUCCAGUGUUGGGAAACGGAUACGUUCGUCCAGAACCAAUUCCCAGGUUUCAAGUUAGAACAGCUUGCUAGAAUUAAUGCUUGGUAUCUUCAAGAGAACCAGACACACCAAUUUCCGGACUCUAACCCCUAUUGGAGACCUGCGAGCAAUGCACGCGGUGAGAUCCGCUAUAUUUGCCCCUGGGUAGACCUAUCAUCUACCUACGCCGUGGCCGGUAUUAACGGUUGGAACUACCACUAUAGAGAACUUUGUGAAUACUUGGCAAGCAUUGGAGUAGAGAUUCAACAGUGACAACAGUCAUUGUUGUUGAAUAUGUUCGUGAUAUUCAGGCCUUUUCAGCGUUUUACCAUGUUGCUCAGUGAAAGGGGAGUUGGUAGAACCUUGAGGACCUUUGUAUGGGCCCCACCUGGGUAACCCCAC